AUGUUAACGUGUGGACAAAAUUCCCUCGGAAGCACACGACCGGUUUCGCGGUUGUUGCCGCUCAUCAGGUAUGCGUACCCGAUACUCCUCUGCCCACUCGUCUUCAUACUUGUACACUCCGAUGUUAUAUGUUCACUAGAAUCUAAUUUGAAGCGUCUGGAGUGUGAAAGGAUAAUCUUCAUUGAAGAGCCCACAAAUGAAUCACAACUGUGA